GAAACCUUCCUCCCCCCUCAAAAAACACCCCAUUUUAAAGGUCUCGUCGUUAUGCUAUAUUUCUUCCUCUUUCUUUCCACCCCUCCCACCCACCAAAAGGGAGGAAGAUAAAUAGAUGAGGAAGGGGAAGAUUAGCCUCGCUUCCUCUAAAGUUCUUGCUGUGUGUGAUUUCUGCCUCGUCUCUUCUGGCUUGCAGCCUCUCUCUCUCCCUCCCUCCUUUCUCUGCCAUCCAAGUAGAGGUUUGAAACUUCCAUUAGAGACAUAGGUGGUGAAUUUCUUGGUGCUGCUAAACAAUUUCCAUAUUUCUUUGGGCUUAAGAAGAUCUGAAUUUUUUUACAUGUGGAGAUACAUGCAGGCUAGUUUCUUUGAAGUUUAAAUGAACUGAAAAGGCUUCACGGAGAGCAUAAACAAUCCAAUACCUUCAUUAGAGAACUGAUGGGACACUUUUAUAAAUAGUUUGUAUUGCGUGCGGAUCUCUGCCCCUACCGAUGAGCAAAAACAUUCAACAAACCUCUCUUGAUGGUCCUCUGGGCUUGGACAUUUGCAAGUAAACAGGUGGGAAGCCAUUGAAGUGGCCUUAAUCUCCAACGCAAAAAACGCCUAUAAUCCAUGCUAACAUCUUCAAAGGAAUAUGCCUACUCAACCUCUUUUAGCAUAUAUGGAUGGACCAGAUGGCAUAGCAAGUACUGUUGGUUCACGUAUGGAGAACAAUGAUGCCACUAUGCCUAUAAAAGGGGCCAACACAAUCUCGUACAAGAACUUGCAAGACAAGUUCUUAAUGCAAGGGGAAGGAUGCAUGCCUUUGGAUUGCAUGUUUUGUGAUCAGACUUUCAAGCAUCCAGAAGAUCUUGGUAAGCAUGUCUUAAUGCAGCACAGGCCAACACUCUGUGAACCAGCAGUUCUGCGUGUAGAAGCGGAAUACCUUAGCCAUCUUGAUAAAGGACAAGUGAAAACAGAUUUGCCACCCUCAGAUGCCAAUGAAAAGGAUAGCCAAGAUUUCAGUUGCGUGGUUUGUGGACAAACAUUUGAGGAGGCAUAUGAUGUUGAGGCCCACAUGAGAAAGCACAAGGACUCUUUCACUUACUGGUGCAGUGUUUGUGGGAGGAGAUUUAAGGAGCCAUGGUUCCUCAAAAAUCACAUGAGAACACAUACUGGUAAGCCUGGUUCUAGAAGCAAGACACCUCAAGGAUCAGAGAGUCCUAUAACCAUAAAUGAGGUUGUACAAGACCAAGUAACUGAGAGUAUUACAUCACCUUACAAAAUCUGCAUGGUUUGUGGCUUCCUAUUUCAGAAUAAGGAAAGUUUAAUUGAGCACAGUAAAGUACAUACCAAAGAUUCAGUAGCCAGUGAUGAUGGCUCACAAGCUGACCCAGGUGACAAAGGAAAUGGAUCGCCCAGGGAAGAGUUUUUGCAGUUUUUAAACUUAAAACCACGCAUGCCUCCUAGCAAUAAAAAGCAAGAAAAGCCUGUGAAAUGGAUAGCAGAGUUAGAUCCAUUCAGUACAUAUCAGGCAUGGCAACUGGCUACCAAAGGAAAAAUUGCUACUGGCCAUGGGCAAGUGAAAGAGCCAGGGCAUGAAGGAAGUACAGACAAUGAUGACUCCUCUUCUGAUAAAGAAGAGCUUGGGGAAAUUUGGAAUGCAAACAAAGCGAGCCAGAUUGAAAGCACAGGGAAGAUCAAGGCAAGCAAAAGUGGAAGUUUCACAGCGAUUGGUAAUAUACCACAAGACAAAUUCAAAUAUCCUGGCCGUGAAGUGCCUUCUAUGGAGAUGGAUUCAAAAUUGUCCCAGAACAAAGACAAGCCCACACAUUGUUCAGAGUGUGGCAAAGCCUUUCGAACUUACCACCAGCUUGUCCUUCACUCAAGAGUACAUAAGAGAGACCGAAAGAAUGACUUAGAAGCCAGCUCUGUUGAAGGAAAACAGCCAAGAGCAUGCCUUACAGAUGUCGGGACUGUGGAUGAGAAUGGAGUAGGAGAACGAGGGGAAGGAGGCUCUGAAGAUGGAUCAGAGGAUGGAUUAAUAGAGACCUUAGAUAAGAACGAAGAUGGCAUAGAAAGGGCAAAAGUUAAAAACCUUGGCGCCUCUAGAGAAUGCAGCUAUUGUGGGAAGUAUUUCCGCUCAAACUAUUACCUCAAUAUUCAUCUCAGAACUCACACAGGUGAAAAACCAUACAAAUGUGAAUUUUGUGAGUAUGCAGCAGCCCAGAAAACAUCUUUGCGAUAUCACUUGGAGAGACACCACAAGGACAAGCAAACAGAAGCUGCAGCAGAUGUGAAAAUUGACAGUAAAGGUUUGCUGUCUUCUCAGGAGAUGGGCUUUUUGCCAGUCGGCGAUUGUGCUCCGGAAACCAAAAAUCUGAAAAGGCUCCUGGAAGAUGCCAAAGAUGCUAAAGGAGGCCCACCUGUAAAACAGCAGAAAGAAAUGCUUUCCUCUUUUCAGACUGCACUGAACAAUAUCACUCAGGACACAAAUAAAGGUACAAACUAUGGUGGCUCAAAUGAUGGUGCAUCAGUUCCAUGCCUUGAAAACUUCAAGUUGGAAAAAAUUGAAAUAGAGCUUCAGGAAAACAAGCACGUUGAUAGGUCUGAGAAAAGGAAUUCUGUUUUGCCAGAAAGUGUGCUUUAUUCUGGUUCUGUGAAAGGUGAAACAAAUAUGGCUCUUCUAAGCGACAUUUCAGAAAACUCGAAAUGCAGACUAAUAGCUCAAGAAAAGCCCUUAAAUUUAUCUACUGGCUGUUCUCUGGAUGCUUCAGUAACUGCUGCUUCUCAGUGCUCCUUAGCAACCAGCACCUGCUCCUUUUGUACUUACCGAACACUAUAUCCAGAGGUUCUAAUAAUGCACCGGCGAUUGAUGCAUAAGCCCCCCAAUAAUCCCAACACUGCUAAUAAAAAUAGUAUCAGAAAUAGGGCAGCUCUUAAAGCCAGACGUACUGGAUGCCCACCUUAUCUUCUGGGAAAGGAUGUGCACCCUCUGCCUCUUAACCCUGGGAAAAUCAAGUCUUCCUUGCCUACCCAGUCAAAAUCCCUGCAUGUGGAGAAGGCUAAACAUUGUCCCACUCUACGGAGCAAAGCACCUAUUUUUUCAGGGUUGAACUCUAGCAGCUCGGCACCAAGUAACUUGAAAUCAUGCAAACUGCAAGUGAUUGGAGGUCAGAUUACUAGCUUUAGACAACAGCAAGAAACCCACAACAGCCCUAAUAGCACUCCUGUACAGGAUAGAGGGAAAAAGCUGGAUCCUAAAGCAAGAGUUUUGGCUUCUCAAUUAGGCAUAGCAAGUAGCAACAUAAAUGGCUCUCUUGAGACUCCGUUGAACGAAUCUGCUUGGUCAAGCAAUCGAGGAAUAGAGUUUCUCAGUAACAGACCUGCAGGGAAUAUAAACUUGGAAUUUGAUGGACUGCCUUCUAAAAGAGCGAGGCCUAAUCUUUCGGCUCCGGAACAGAUUGACCCUACGCUGUCUCGGAGAGGGAACGAUGCUGGCAGAUUACAUAUUGCAGGCAGAUAUGCAGGUCUGCUACCUCAGGAAUAUUCACACACCAAACCUGCUGCCUCUUUCUUCCCAGCCAAACAAGGGCUCAUGAGCUCUGAAGUAGAUGCUAUAAAUCCAGUGACUAUUCUGAAGCCAUACGAAACAUAUGGUCCUGGGCCAUAUUACAGUUCCUGUGGAUCAAGUAGCAGCCAAGUCCCCAGCUCUUCAAAAGAAGGAAAAAGGCCAGUGUCGUAUCAACACUUGUCUAGCACCAUGCUGCAGAAAAGAGGUUACGAGAGGCUUAUUGGCAAUACACAUAAUCGACUGAAUGACAAGAGAACAUGAUUCUGCUGCAAUGAAUGGUAUGAAGAUGGCAAAUUUUGAUUUCCCUUGCAGUUCAUCUCUUGAGAAUAAUGAAUGGUGAAAGCUACCAAACUAAGCUGUGAUUGUACUGUUGUAUAGAGAGAAACACUACAGUUCUGUAAUGGAAGGUCUGACCCCAUUUGUACAUUGUGGACCUAAACACUGUCUUCUCAAGACUAGCUUGCAAAGAACUGGCAAAUGCAUCUGUUCCUGAUCUUGAAUAAUAUUUUUUCUCAGAAUUAUCAUUGACCAAAUAUUCAAUAUAAAGUAUAUUUUUGCAUACUUGAGUGCUGCUGAAAAGAGAUCCAAUUUAGAAGCUGUGUGUAACCCUUUGCACCUCAGGUAAAUCUGUGCAUUGAGUGUGUCUGGUUUAAAUACUGGGAUUAUUUUUGUAUAAGGGUAGUAGUUUGUCAAAUUUUGUUUUGUGCUUUAACCUAUGUACAUUUUUGAAAAUGUUUCCAAAUGAACAACAUACUUUUGUUUUCAUCUUAUGCAGAGUUUAAAUACCAGCUGGAAUAAGGCAAGAAUAAUAACACAAGUACCACAAUCUUUUUAAAGAAACCGUGUACUUUAUUUUCUAUCAAUAGGGAGUAACACGUCUCAUCAUCCUUGGCAUGCAGUCACAAUUCAGAUAAAAUGCUUUCUGGCCUGCAAGCUAUUACUGAAGAGGGACUUGUGCUUGCAUGAGAGAGAUUCCGUUUACCCCUCUUCCUCCUAAAUAUUUAGUUUUGACUCCACAGAUGCAUCAUAUUGCAAAAAUGCAUAGCUUUAAAAAUACUUUGUACAUAUGCCUGAAGCAGAAAACAACAUUCCUGUUGAACCCUGAUGCAACUUGUUGUACCAGAUACAAAACUUUAUAUUUGCAAAUAUAGUACUCCUUGUUUGUCCAGCAGCCAAAGCAAGGACAUGACCCACCCAUUCAUGUAGGCUGUAUGCAUGGGAAAAAGAUUCCCACGUGGUACUAUGAAGUCCCAUUCCACUCCCCACCCCCACCCCACCUCCAACAUUCCUGUCCAUUUGGGGCCAGAAUAUAAAGCCAUGUGCACUGCCAUUACUUUCAACUGAAGGCCUGUCUCGCUUCCCCCUCCCACCUCACCCCAGUCCUCCACAGAUCUACGCAUAUGGAGCAACUGUGGGCCUUCCCAUGUUGAAGGCAAUGGCCUUCACAUUUCAGUGUGCCCAGGGCUAUGUUCACCAAAGCAAAGAGGAAUGGUGGUGGCUUUACUUAGGGAUCCACUCCUUUACAUUUGGAACUGUGUGCUGUGCAUGCAGUGCAGCCCCAAGUUGGUUUGAUAGGCUUGUCAAGGAACUGUUGGGUUGUGUGUGUGUGUGUGUGUGUGUGUGUGUGUGUGUGUGUGUGAACCCAAUAUUUUUUCCAUUGGACGUGACAAUAAUGAAUGGAAGAGCUGUCUUGUUAUCAGCCAUGGUGCUGUGCAUAUGGAUGAUACAGCAUGUGAAGCCUUUAAUGACUAACUCAUUCUUUUCUUUGGGUUUGGAUGUCAAACAUUUCCAGGAAACAAAUGGUUUCAAAAAUAUUUUUUUGCACUGUUGAUUGUGUGUUUCUUAUCAAAUGUAAAACGGCAGAACACAGACUUUCUUGGCGAUUCCCCCACAACCCCAUAUGCAACUUUGAGACCUUUUAAAUUAAUUUCUUACUUCCUGUGUAUUAAGGGAUAUGUAAUUUUGAUGUCUCUGUAAAACUGGCAAUGUAAUGAAGUGCUGUGUAUCAGGAAAUUGUACACAAUUUACCAUUUUCCUGUUCAUAAGCUGAGCCAUAUGUACAUAAAAUCUAGAUUUGUUUUCCUAGUUUUGCACUUUUAUAGCCUAUUUUUUGAAGAUAAAUUUGCGUGGAAGAUGGUUAUUCUAUUUUUGCCUUACCCUUCAACGAGUCUUAUAGGAUGUGUAAAAUAACUUGUCUGUAUCCUUUUUUUCAAGUAAUGAAUCUUAAAAUAUUAAAGACCAGGGCUAUGUUUAACUAUAGUUUGUAUGUUUUUUUUAAAAGAAUCUUCCUCUUCCUCUUUGUUUUGGUGCAGUUGUUCUAAAACUCUGUCUCUCUUCAGUUUGGAAGAGAACAAAGAACACUUUCAAAUUUGACUCAGGACAUCUCUCUCGUGUUACCUUUAUUAUGUCACAAGAGCUGCUCCAGCACAAGCUUCCUCCUUCCCUGCAGAAAUAAUAUAAGUCCUGCACUUGCUGGGUUGGUUUCCGGAAGGGGAGACACUGGUGAGGUCAGGAGUCAUGGUGUGGGUUGACCCUUUCCCCGUGGUCUGGAGUUUCCAGUGCUCCUUUUGCAGCACAAAACAAAGCAGCUCAUAUAUUGUGAAGUUAACACAAGAGAUGCCCUCAAUUGCAGCUGUACACCCAAACAUUUCCAUGCAAGCCCUGUCAAAACAAGCAGGAGAUCUGCAGCAGCAGUGCUUCGUAGAUUGCAGCCCUGGUCUCCAAAGUAGGUUUUGCCCAUCAGUAUUAACUAUGGGAUACUACUGGGGUUUUUUUGUUUUGCAAUAGCAAUGAGUAUACUGGUACAAAUUAUCAAUUUGUUGUAUUUAUUUCCUACCAUCUUGAUUUGUUUUAAUUGUGGAACUUCCCUUAAGUUGUCAGGCUGUAGACACCAUUCAAGUCAUUUUAUUUAUGAUGUGUUUUCAGUUUAGUGGAAUAUGUUAUUACAUGUGGAUGUAAAUACAACUUGGUGUGUUUUUUUGCAAAUACUCUUGUCCUUGUUUCACUUUCUGAACACUAGACAGACAAAAUUUUACUGGGUGGUUGUGCGGUUUUUGUUUGAACGCUGGUUGCAUACAAAAUUCCAAGCACUGAACCGUCAUGCUGCAAGAGGACUAAAGCAAGAGAAUUACUGAGGAGUGUCUUGCUGAAGAGUGGUUGCUGAACAACUCUAGGCACGCCUGGAGGAUGCAGACCAUUUGGAUCCCUUCCAAUUGGGAUUCAGGCCUCAUCAUGGGACUGAAACUGCCUUGGUCGCGCUGGUUGAUGAUCUCCAGCGGGCUAGGGACAAAGGUGAGAGCUGUUUCCUAGUUCUGCUGCAUCUCUCAGCGGCCUUUGAUACCAUCAAUCAUAACAUCCUUCUGGACCGUCUAGAGGAGCUGGGAGCACUGUUAUAUAGAGGUUCCACUCCUUCCUCCUGGGCCGUGUCGAGAAAGUGGUGGGGGGGAUGAGUGUUCAGACCCCUGGGCUCUCACUUGGGUUCUGUCCUCUCCCCCAUGCUUUUUAACAUCUACAUGAAGCCGCUAGGAGAUAUCAUCAGUGGGGUUGGGCUGGGUGUCCAUCAAUAUGCGGAUGAUGCCCAGCUCUACCUCUCUUUUAAAUCGGAACCAGUGAAGGCAGUGAAGGUCCUGUGUUAGUGCCUGGAGGCAGUUGUAGGAUGGAUGGCGGCUAAUGGAUUGAGGUUGAAUCCUGACCAAGACAGCAGUACUGUUCUUGGGGGACGGGGCAGGCUGGUGUGGAGCACUCCCUGGUCCUGAAUGGGGUAACAGUGCCCCUGAAGGACCAGGUGUGCAGCCUGGGAGUCAUUUUGGACUCACAGCUGUCCAUGGAGGUGCAGGUCAGUUCUGUGUCUAGGGCACCUGUCUACCAGCUCCAUCUGGUACACAGGCUGAGACCCUACCUGCCUGUGGACUGUCUCGCCAGAGUGGUACAUGCUCUAGUUAUCUCCCGCUUGGACUACUGCAAUGUGCUCUAUGUGGGGCUACCUUUGAAGGUGACCUGGAAACAACUGAUUCAGAAAGCAGCAGCUAGACUGGUGACUGGGAGUGGCCGUCGAGACCGUAUAACACCGGUCCUGAAAGACGUACGUUGGCUCCCAGUAUGUUUCCGAGCACAAUUCAAAGUGUUGGUGCUGACCUUUAAAGCCCUAAAUGCCCUCGGCCCAGUAUACCUGAAGGAGUGUCUCCACACCCAUUGUUCUGCCCGGACACUGAGGUCCAGCGCCGAGGGCCUUCUGGCGGUUCCUUCACUGCGAGAAGCAAAGCUACAGGGAACCAGGCAGAGGGCCUUCUCGGUAGUGGCACCUGCCCUGUGGAAUGCCCUCCCAUCAGAUGUCAAAGAGAUAAACAACUACCUAACAUUUAGAAAACAGCUCUGUUUAGGGAAGUUUUUAAUGUGUGCCAUUUUAAUGCAUUUUAAUAUUGUUGGAAGCCGCCCAGAGUGGCUGGGGAAACCUAGCCAAAUGGGCUGGGUACAAAUAAUAAAUUAUUAUUAUAAAGAUGUGUAAUGAAGGUGCCAGGCAAGUACCAAGAAACAGUAUCCAAAAAGAGCAGUCUCAAAAGAAUUAUCACAUGGAGCUGAGUUUGAUUUCCUCCCACUUUUGCUAUGAUGCUAAUCUUAUAAUCUGUGAUUCCAAUGCAGAUUUGGUUCUUGUGUCUCCUGUGUGCCAUGCAGGCAAUCUGCCUUAAAAAUAAGAAUUAAGCACAUAUUUAUAUUUUUUAAAAAGCAAUUUGGCACAUUUUUUUAAAAGUACAAUCAGCUGGAAAAAAGAUUGAAAAACUUAUUGGGGUUGCAAUGAGCCAAUCCGUAUCGUACAAAGGCAGUUUGAAGCUUCCACUGCAGUUUCUUCCGAGUGUGAUUCACAAAUGGAACAUGCAUGUCUGAUCAGCAAAAGGCCACAAACUUGUACAUUAAAGUAGCUUUAAAAAAAACAGGAUACAUCUCUUCCAUACAGAAACAUGAAAGUAUCGCUUUUUGUCUCUGACAGGCACCCUCGCAAAAUUAGGUAGCAAUUUGGGAAGCAAAAUCUUCCUAGAGGCUUUUGCUUCUGCUGGAGUUGGUUAUGCAUAUUUCUCAGGUGAAGAAGGUCUCCUUGCAGCUGUUUGGAUCGCUGCCAAAAAGAAACCCCAAGGACUAAUGUGACUACUGUAUCCAAGAGCUGUUUCAUACAAGCAGUUUUACACACACAUUACAAGUGUACACAUCAGUUUCUUCUAAAGCAAGUAUUGGCACCGUGAGCAUUGACUACUGCCUGAUUAAUGCUCACACCAAACAGAUGAAAGUAGCUCAUGCCAAAUCAGACCAGACUACAGGCUAGUACUCCCAUUCACUCCCUGACAAGUCUUGCCACAGCAGCUUUACAAUAAAUCAGGAAUGGGGGGCUUGUGCUCCUUUCUGACUGCAGCUGAUGGGAAUCUGGAGACAAAGAGCGGUUGGUGAACCGCUGGCUCCUCAUCCCUGGAGGGCAGCUUUAAAAACAAAAAAGCUGAGGAUAGCAGGGAGUGGCUGCCCCCAAAGCAGAGAGCCAGUCCUGUUGUCACCCCUGCUCAGUGGCAACUCCCAGGUGUGUGGUUGUCUGUUCUGUUGAGCCUUGACUACAGAUUCAGGUGCCGUAAAUAUAUGAUGUAAACUGCUUUACUUGCAAGGUUCUAUGGGAGAGGCAAGGGUUAAAGAGCCAGUGGGGGGGGGAGGCCUGUAAAGGAAGAGACGAGCACCUGGGGACAUAGGAAGCUGUUAGCCCAUUGCUUCCUGUGCUUCAGUAUUGUUUGCACCAGGGGCUGGGUAACCACUUUCAGCCGGUAGGCUGGGUCAAAAAGUUGACCAGCCCUCUAUGGUCCAAACGGAACAAGUGGGCAUAUGUACAAACAUUGGUUGCCACAUGACAGUAGGUGGAUUGCAUCCCUGCUGAAAAUGGGGCUUGCAUUCUGCACCAAAGUUUAACUAGCACUGCCAUUUAGAGCUCUGCUGCAAAGGAACAGUGGUGCGCUCUAAGCUGUGUGCUUUACAUGUGUGCCAAGGCUACAUAUCCCUUGCCUGAUGUCAGGUGAGUGAGUGGUGUUGAUCAAAAACAGUUUUGCUGGCUAAUUCAGCCUAUACCAGUGUUUCCCAAUCUUGGGUCUCUAGCUGUUUUGGGACUACAACCCCCAUAAUCCCUAACUAGCAGAACCAGUGGUCAGGGAUGAUGGGAUUUGUAGUCCAAAAAUAGCUGGAGCCCCAAGAUUGGGAAACACUGGUCUAUACGUUGUAGAUUUCCUACAGGUAGUUUACAGGGGCUCCUCCCAGCCUUGCCUGGAGAUACCAAACCUGGAUGCAAAACGCUUGCUCUACCCAUGAGCCACAGCUCCCCGCCUCAUUCUUUCCCCAUCAAUUGGCUCUCUCAGUCCCUCAACAUACUAGCAUUAUGAUUCCUCCGCACAUGCAAGGAACCAGUCAUUCAGUGUGGCAGCACGAGAGCCUGUGCAGAGUAGUGGUUGGUGUAUUGGACUAGGACCUGGGAGACCAGGGUUCAAAUUCUACUCUCAGCCAUGAGUUUCACUGGGUGCCCUGGGGACAAUUGUUGCCUCUCAGCCGAGCCUACCUCACAGGGUUGAUGGGGUUAAACAAGGGGGAGACCGCCUAGAAAAAUGUGGGAUAUAAAUGCAAUAAAUAUAAAUAAAUAAAACACUUUAAAAUUCAUAGUAAGUAGUAUAUAAAGUUUGUUAAGCAAAAUGAGACAAACAUGGGGAUUGGGAGCCCUGUGUUUGUCUCAUAAUCUGCCAGGUGACUGACAACCAUGCUUAUUUUAAGAUGGUACUAGAGUCCAGGAAAUGUACCAGGUGA